UGUUGUCGCGAAAGCAAGAUGGAGUUGCCCAGUUUAGGAGAAAACUGUUCAGAAAAUAGCUGCAAACAGCUAGAUUUCCUACCUAUGAAGUGUGAUGCCUGUUUCAAAAUUUUCUGUAAAGACCACAUUCACUAUGAACUACACAGAUGUACAGAAUCCUAUAAAAAGGAUAACCAAGUACCAGUGUGUCCAUUAUGUAACAAGCCCAUUCCUGUGAAGCCCAAUCAACUACCCGACAUUGCUGUCAACGAGCACAUUGAUUCAGAUUGUCAGAGUGACCCUGCUAAAGAAAGGAGGGGGAAGGUGUACAGCAAUCGCUGUUCAUCGAAAGGAUGCAAGCAACGAGAGCUCAUUCCAGUGUCAUGUGAUAAAUGCCAUAAAAACUUCUGUUUGCGACACCGACAUGAAUCGGAUCACGACUGUAAAGGAUUUGAAGACAGCGGCAGAGGUGUCUCUAAAGCUGCUGCUGCUGCCGCUAGUCGACAACAGAAUGCCACAAGCAAAAAGCCCCAAGCUGGCGGUUCCAAACCUGUCCAUUCUAACAACCCAAAGCAGACGGUCCUAACAGGUAUCGGAAGAGAAUUAGAUAGUGCUAGGCGUGGGAGGUCGAAUAAUAGUACGGCAUCUAGUCCUGCCGCGGUUCAAGGUGGAAUGAGUGAGGAUGAAGCAUUAGCCAGAGCGAUCCAACUUUCUAUGGCUGAGGGUAAUCAAGCGCCAGCACCUCCCAAAAACAAACCUACCUCACAGCAGGAAGAAGACGACCUUGCCUUGGCACGUGCCAUAGCGGCUAGUGAACAGGAGGAGCGAAGACAAAGGCAGAGGAGACAACAACCUCCAAGGCCGCAGAGUCAAGACAGCAGCAAAGAGAAGUCGAGUUGUGAAGUGUCAUGAUGCUUUUGUUCAGCACAUCCUUUUAUGCUUGAACACUAUAAUUAAAGUCUGUGGCAAAAAUAUUUUGAAGCAAAGAGAGAUUCGACUGUUCAUAGGGGGUGGGGGGAAAAUUGGAUGGGUCAUUUCAUCCUGCAUCCACUUAUAAUCCAAGCGCAGUUGAAAAACUAUCAGUAGUUUCCCUAUUUUUGGGAAUAGGAGUUUGCCGUCUCUGGAUGAUGUUUUGGUUCAGUUUUGGAGCUUCACUCUAUUUUUUCAAAAGUGAUCCAUUAUUAAAAAAGAAAGCGUGUUCUAUAUGGAAUCUAUUGUUUAUAGCAAGAUAUUUUCUCGAGUAUUAUUCAGCAUCAUAAAAAGUGUUGUGAGGUCUAUGUGAUAAUAUAUUUCUGUAAGAAAAUAUAACAAACUGGUCUGACGCUAUUUCACAUUUUAAAUCUUGUGUCUUUUAGAAUACUUUGGUUUGGCAUGCUAAUAUGAUUUUUCAGUAUCUAAAUUUUUUCAAUUUUCACAAUUACAUCAGUUGAGAGGCCUAGUUUUACGUGUCAUCAGCCUACAUGUAUGUGUAUUAGCAGCAAAGCUUUAUUUAUUCAUGAAACAAAUAAUCGGCUUAAGAAGAGUGUCUCAUAAGUAUGGCUGGUCCAGCAUGUCUGAUAAUUGCAGUGGCUCUUAAAAGGAGGAGCAUGAAAUAUUUGAAAUUCUUUAUCAAAACAUGAUAUUGACAGUGUAGAAGUCGACAUUUUGUUUUUCGGUGUUGGUAAUUUCUAACAGAAGAUAGUCCUCUUUUUUGCCGAGAGAGGAUAGCAAAAAUUGUAUGGCUUCUCAGGCUUAUUGGGAAGUGGUGCUAGUUAGACUUUUUACCACCAGGAGGAAGCACAAGCUUCACACCAUUAAAGGGUAACUCGUGUCAAAUUUCACCAUAUAAUGUUUUAGCUGUUUUUGACAAAUGACUACGUCACUUUCUCAUAAAUCGGUAAGGUUUUCGAAUCGAAAUGCACAUUUUCUAGAAAUUGAUGGUUUACUCCCGCCCGGACGGCUCGCUUCGAUGCCGUUUUCAUUGAUGACGUCAUGACAUGAAUAUUUUCGCGGUCGCGGUGGUUUACAUUCAGCGAUUUUAUAAUAAAGCUAAUCAAAAAUGGAAAAUUUGAGCUUUACAUUUGUGAUCAACAAUUAAAAACGGACGUAUUUCCGCAAAGUUGUAAAUCACAUCAUAGUAUCACUUUAAGGUUGUGUGGCUGAGAAAUCUUGUCCCCUCAGAUCUAAGCAUUGUUUGAAAACAUACCGAAUGAACACAGCACCAGAGUGUAAACAUGUAGGGCCAAAUUCAUAAAGGGUGUUUAAGGGUUAGACGUGUGUGUAACUUCUCCCUGAUCAGUUUCAGGGCCUAUUCAUAUUCUGUGAAGAUUUACAUGAAGGACCUGAAUCUGUCUAUUCAGUAGUUAAACGCUGUUUUAAGCUAAACGCCCUUUAUGAAUUUGGCCCAAAAUCUUCAAACUGACCAUGACGUUUAGGAAAUCGCUUUCAUUAGAGCAAUCCACUUUCUCAAUCUUGUAGAAUUUAUUGGUGUUAGAAGAAAAUACUGUCACUUUUAUUUGGUUUCCGUUAGGGUUUGUUUUUCAGGUACUUGGCUAUUUUGGAAUAGUACUUGGCUAUUUUUGAAUAGUACUUGGCUAUUUUGGAAUAGUCAGAUGGUGACAGAAGUGUUCUGUGCUUCCAAUUUUAACUUAUAUGAAUAAA